UUGAAAGUAAGUCCCAUGGUGCCCCGCGGGCGCCCGCUGAUUGGUCGGGCGGCAGCGCCGCGCGGUUCGAAGGUGGCGGCGGCGGGCGCUCGCAGGCGUUGGGUUGGGUCCGAGUCUCGGCUUCAGCCUGAGUCGCGCCCGUGCAGCGCGGCCGGUGCUUCUACUGUCGUCCUCGGCCCGCUCGCGUCCGGGUGUGCCAUGGCCUCCCUCAGCUUCCAGAGCGGCGGCGGCUCGAAGAAGGAGAAGGAGGAGAAGGGCAAGAACAUCCAGGUGGUGGUGCGCUGCAGGCCUUUUAAUGCCUCGGAACGUAAAGCAAACUCCUAUGCUGUUGUAGACUGUGAUCAAGCGCGAAAAGAAGUUAGCGUUCGCACUGGAGGAGUCACAGACAAGAUGUUAAAAAAGACUUACACGUUUGAUAUGGUUUUUGGAGCUCAGGCAAAGCAGAUUGAUGUAUACCGGAGUGUUGUGUGUCCCAUUUUGGAUGAAGUUAUCAUGGGCUAUAACUGUACAGUGUUUGCCUAUGGCCAAACUGGUACUGGUAAGACUUUCACGAUGGAAGGGGAACGGUCACCCAACGAGGAGUACACUUGGGAAGAGGAUCCAUUAGCAGGUAUAAUACCUCGUACAUUGCAUCAAAUAUUUGAAAAACUCACAGAGAAUGGCACUGAAUUUUCAGUGAAAGUCUCUCUUUUGGAAAUAUAUAAUGAGGAGCUUUUUGAUCUUCUGAAUCCUGCUCCUGAUGUUGGAGAAAGACUGCAGAUGUUUGAUGACCCCCGAAACAAGAGAGGUGUAAUUAUUAAAGGUUUAGAGGAGGUAACUGUACACAACAAAAAUGAAGUCUAUCAGAUCCUGGAAAGGGGUGCAGCAAAGAGAACAACUGCAGCUACUUACAUGAAUGCAUAUUCCAGCCGUUCGCACUCCGUAUUUUCAAUUACUAUCCAUAUGAAAGAAACCACAGUAGAUGGAGAAGAACUUGUUAAAAUUGGGAAGCUAAACUUGGUUGAUCUUGCAGGAAGUGAGAACAUUGGUCGAUCUGGGGCAGUUGACAAAAGAGCUCGUGAAGCUGGAAAUAUCAAUCAGUCUCUCCUGACUCUGGGAAGAGUUAUUUCUGCUCUAGUAGAAAGAGCCCCACAUAUCCCAUACAGGGAAUCUAAACUCACAAGAAUCCUUCAAGAUUCUCUUGGAGGACGAACAAAAACAUCAAUAAUUGCCACAGUUUCUCCUGCAUCUAUAAAUCUUGAGGAAACACUGAGUACACUAGAAUAUGCCCACAGGGCAAAGAACAUAUUGAACAAGCCUGAAGUUAACCAGAAGCUGACCAAAAAAGCUCUUAUUAAGGAAUAUACUGAAGAGAUUGAGCGUCUGAAACGAGACCUUGCUGCUACACGUGAGAAAAAUGGCGUCUAUAUUUCCCUUGAAAAUUUUGAAGCCCUGAAUGGAAAGCUGACGGUUCAGGAAGAACAAAUUGCAGAGUAUAUUGACAAAAUCACUGUCAUGGAGGAAGAGAUGAAAAGAGUAACUGAACUGUUCACAGUUAAUAAAAACGAACUUGAGCAGUGUAAAACAGAUCUAGAAAUCAAGGAGAAGGAACUGGAAGAAACACAGAAAGAUCUGCAAGAAACCAAAGUUCAUCUGGCUGAAGAAGAAUAUGUGGUUUCAGUUUUGGAAAAUGCUGAACAAAAACUUCAUGGCACAGCUAGCAAGUUGCUUAAUACAGUUGAAGAAACCACAAAAGAUGUAUCUGGUCUCCACGCAAAACUGGACCGUAAGAAGGCUGUUGAUCAGCAUAAUGCUGUUGUCCAAAAUACAUUUGCACAACAAAUGACUGAUUUGUUCAACAAAAUACAAAAUUCAGUUAAUGAGAACAGUGUGAAGCAGCAACAGAUGUUGAUGUCUUACACGCAUUUUAUAGGUGACAUCUUGUCUACCAGUUCUUCAGCAGCUAAUAUUCUUACAUCAGUUGUAUCAGCAUCUUUUGCCUCUCUUAAGGAAUUGGUGUCCACAGAAGUUUCCUGCAUGUCUGAAAAAGUAUUACAACACGAGAAUCUGUCACUCGAUCAUAAAGCUGAGCUACUGAGAUUAAUUGAGGAGCAUGCGUCAGGAUUAGGAAGCGCAUUAAAUAGCUUGACACCAAUGGUAGAAUUUGUCCUGGGCCUAAACUGUCAGUUUCAGACUAACAUGAGAAAAUAUUCAGCUGUGGCUGAUAAGAUGGAAGGUCAUAAAAAAGAAAUGGAUACCCUCUUUGAAGAUCUUUCUCUUACUUUGAAAAAAUUACAGGAAGAAACAGCUAAUGUUCUUGCUCAGCUUCAGAAUGAUUGUGAAAAUUUAAGAGAAGAAGUGGAAAUGACAAGACUAGCACAUACAAAGAGUGCAGCUGAGUUAAUGUCCUCACUACAAAGACAGCUUGACCUGUUUGCUCAAGAGACUCAGAAGAACUUAGCUGAUGUACUGGCAAAAAAUGGAAGCUUGAAGACCACCAUCACUGCUGUGCAAGAAAAUGUUCACCUGAAAACUACAGACCUAGUCAGCAGUACAGCUUCUAAUCACAGCAGAUUUCUUGCAUCUAUGGAUAAUUUUUCUAAGGAGCUCAGGAUUAUAAAUGGUGAAAACAAGAGGAUGCUGGAAGAUUCCACUGACCACUGUCAGCAACUUCUCAUCAAUCUCAGAAAUGUGUCUCAGGAUGCUGAUAAAUGUGCUGAACUUACAAUUGCUCAGAUAGCCAGCUUUACCGAUCAGCAGCUAUCGUCCUUCAGGGAUGAAAAACAACAGUUUAUGUGUUUUCAAAAGAAAAACAGAGAAAACUGUGAUAAAGCAAUAGCUGAAAUUGCCGACCAAAUUGAUACUCAGAAAAGUGCUGAGGAGAAGGUACUAAAUAUCCUUCUUGAUCAAAUGAAAGUUGAUCAGGGGGUACUUCUAGAACAGAAGCUGAAACUUAAUGAAGAAGCACAGCAUGGACUGGCGCAGGUUAAUGGUUUCCUGAAAGAAGAUCUUAAAGUGGAUAUUCCAACAGGGACAACUCCACAGAGAAGAGACUACUCUUAUCCAGUCACACUGGUGAAAACAGAACCCAGGGAACUUCUACUGGAACAACUGAGGCAAAAGCAAUUAACGCUUGAUGCUAUGCUAAACAGUGUGAUACAGGAAGUGGAGGGGAAUGCAGAUGAGGACCUGCUGGGAGAGGAGGAAGGGAUGCAAGAAUCCAGUGAAAGCCUUGGUGAUGACAAGUACUUAGUGGAUAUAAACAUAAGCUGUCACGCAAAUGGGGGCAUUCCCUUUUUCCAGCACAAAAGAAGUCACAAAAAAGAUAAAGAGAACAAAGCUGCAGCGAUGUUGGAGAAAAACAAAACUGAAGAUAUGACAGAACAGCUACUUCCUAAAUCUAAACUACCCUUAAGAUCAGUGAACUAAGAUAUACAUACAUAUAUACUGCAGAUUCUUAUAAAAUACUUUUGGUUAUCUACUGAGCCAUAAGUUCUCUUGCUUGUUCUGUCUCUGUAUAUAGUGAUAUAUUGAUGCAACAUUGGAUCAAAACUUGACGCGAUAUGUCCUGCCUUUGUUUUGUUUUUAUAUAUGAUGGCUUGCAAAGUAUUAACAGUUUUAAUUAAAAAAAAAAAGAAAGCAAACAAAAAACAAUCUGCGGGUUAUGGUGCUGUAUGUUAAGCGACAUAUUUUUUUUAUCUUGUCAAGUAAUAGAUUACUUUCUGCUUCUUAGUAGAUUUGUAGUAGCAGGAAGGGAUAUGGAAUAAUGCUGUGUGGGUUUUUUUUUUUUUGUAAAUAUGUGAUCUGUUUCUGUACCUGCCUUACUCUGAUUCCUGUUACUAUGAAGUAGAUAGUUGUCUUUAGGAUACUUUUAAAUAAAUCAGUUGAUACAAGGAGUACAGAUGUUUACGCAUAUGUGGUUUCAGUCUUAAACUUGAUAACAUAGCUAAAGUAUUAUCUCUGCAAAAUAGAUUCCCUGGACACCAUUCAGACAAAUGCUGAUAGAUAAAGAUCAGUAAUCUUGAUUAUGCCCUUGCACUGUGAUUCUCUUAGCUAAACCACCAGGUGGACUGAUUUUCUAUAUUUCUGUACCACUUCUUACCUGUUACUUUCUCUUCAUGGGCAAAGCUAAUUGCUUUUCUUUAGCAACGGAUAGCAGGAGACAAAAGCUUCCCUUCCAAAUGAGCAAGGCAGCAAAUUUAUUAUUUUUUAUUUUUAUUGUCUUAGUACUUAGCUUAUAUGCCAGAUCUUUCCAUUAUAUGAAGUUUGAAACCCUAAAAGGGGUUUUGAAAUCCUGUUUUGUUUGCGGAAAUAUUCUAUUGAACUGGUAGGUAUAUUGUGAAAUUCUGACAACAGAAACAUCAUGGGCGUAAGAAUUUUCCAAGGCUUGGCAUCUAGGUUAUUGUACCGCAUUCUUUAGCACUGACAAGACUUUUGUUAGUGUGAUCUAUCCAUUUCCUAACUAAAAGCCACUUCUGCAAGUCUUUCACCCUCAAUUUUCCAUAUAGAGUUCACACACUUAUUUAACCUUUUUGAAACUACCCUUGUCCAUAGCUGUUUGAUUUGCCCUGGUGCGGACGCAGAUUGCUUUUCUCAUAUUGAGAACUUUUAACAGAUGUAUGAAUCUUUGGGACUGCUUGCUUUCUCUUUUCAGAGAGCUGUUUUCUUAUAUUUGCAAUAAUAUUACGGCAGAUCAUUGUUUCUUUCAUUGGGCCUGGUGCCUAGUGGUCACACCGAAAAGCUGAAUGGGAUGAAAAAUUCGAGUACAGAGCCUCUCUCUGCUUCCUUGCCAUGGGCUCUUCUCCCACUAGGUGGCUCUAACGCUGAAGUGUUCAUCUAAACCUCCAGCACCAAUUGCUAACCAGGAUUUAGGAGCAGGCAUUUUACCGAGGCUUUAGUUGGACAUCUGUUACAAGAGCAGGUUUAAAAACUAAUAAUUUUAUGCUUCUGCUAGAAUAAUCCUAUAUUCAAAUUGGGGUGAGGGCUUGUUUAAUAAAGGUGCUGCACUUUAAGAGAGAUAUUCAGACCUGUGUGGCUUGAGCUUUGGUGCAGGAUAAAUAGGUGCUUGUAGUAAUUAAAUGCUGAGAUCUCUGUUGUGUGCGCAUUCCCUAAAGUAGAAAGCAAAACCUACUUCUUUAGCUGUAAGAAACACCUCUUAACUUUGCUCACAGGGCUAAAUGGAUACAUAGGUUUAACCCGAAGAGAGGAAAUUGGUGUGAUGUAGGGUAGUUUACAGAAUGGUAUCAAUUUGGCUUGUUAGAAAGUAUCGUUCGUAAGAAGUGUGGAAGCUGUUUCCACAGAACAAGUAGCAAGGUCAUACCCUGACUGAGUUAGUUGUGCUGAGCUGGAGGUGGAGUUGUGGUGUGACUGGGAUUGUAUGUACAGCCAUGUUCUAAUUAACCAGGCGAUUUUUCUGUCUGAUUCCAGAUUAGCAGCCAGGUGGGGAAGCUCUUGAAUUAACAUCAGAAAAAAGAAAAAAAAAAAAAACUAGGAAAUAUGUACAAUGAAUGGUAAAAUGAACAGGGGAAAAAGAAGAGCUUAAGCACAUGUGAUAUGGUAGAAUGUGGAGAGACUGAUAAAAAGACAAUAGGAAACAAUAAUCAGAGCCACCAGCUUUCUCUUCAAUUAAAAGUGAACAAUGAAGAGACAGUGGAGGAAAGGAAAUUUUUCUGCUUCCGAGCUGACAGCUGUUGUAUCAGAAGCAGUUGUGUGGGACUAGAGAGGAGUGAGAAGCUACAUAGUUGUUAGACUCUACCUUUCUUUGUUCUGUUAGACAUCAGUCACCCUUGUAACCGUAUGUUAAAUGAGCAGAGGAAACAAGAGAGCCUAGAACUCUUCUAUCACCUAGAACUCUUCAGGUGAUAAAAGAAAAUCUAAAUGUAGAAGGAAAUGGAAAAAUAUAAAAAGGCUAAAAUUCCUUCUCCAUCAUAAAGCAUUUGAAGGGGAAAAAAUGAGCUCUAAUCUUUUAGAACAUUAAAAAUGGGGGGAAAAUAUAUAGUUGCUAAAUAUAUACUUCUUAAAUGACUGUUUAUAGCCAUUUGACUACUAUUUUUUCUUUUCUUGUUAGAAACUACUUUUUAUGGUAGAGUACUAUGCUCUAUAAGCUACAUGCCCACACACAUAGUCGCUUUAUGAACUUAAAUAACAAUAAAUCAUUCCAGGUUUUGUGUUAGUAGGGUUUAUACGGUGCACUAUUACAGGUGGGGUGUAGACCACCUAGCAAAGUAGGCUGCUCUUGAAGGUUGAACCCAAACUCAAUUCACAGCAGUACUGCUAUGCUCAUUCUUAAAAAUGUUAAAAACUCACAACUCAAUAGGAACACAGGGCAGCUAAGCGAAUGUUUAGAUCUCUGUGUUCACAAUACAUCUGAAAUCAGCUUUGGUUCCUAUAAGGCAUGCCUGCAAGAAUGAGGGCGCUUUAUUACUGUGUGUGUGCCCUUCAGACAUGUUAAAAAGGAGCAAAUGCUCGAUUCCAUGUUCUCUCUUCAGGGAAAAAGCUUGAAAUGAACUGCCAUUUUUAUAAGGGGUCUGAACAAUAUUUAUCAUGCUUAUUCUGUUUCAAAAACUGUCCUAUCAGAUGUAGAGUGAUGUGCAAAACUAUAUGAAAAUACUCAGCUUUUAGAUGGCGUAAAAUUAGAUUUUGUAAAGUAACGGGGAUUAACUGGAGUGUGCUGUUGCUGUUUUUUUCUCUCUCCAGAAUAUUAAACUUACAUAAAUGUUUCCUUGGCUUUAUUAGUUACACUUGAAAUACUCCGGGGACUCUUGGCCUGUUAUAACCCAACACUGUAAUUCAAUGAGUGAGGCGCAGUGACUGAAAUGCUGAACUUGACAAGUAUACUUUAUUUUUUUUAAUUACCAAAAUGUAAGACUGAAAUAAACAGUUGAUGUAAAAUACA